GAUACGAAAAUUAAGGAUAUAUAAAAAAGUGAAAACUAAGAAUAACAUUUCUCUGCUCCUAAAAUAUUGUAAAACAAAUAACGCAAGGAAAAAUUGAAUCAGACUUCAAUAAACAACAACAAACGUUAAAAGUAGAAGAAACAGAGACCAGACAUCAAAUUAUAAGAGAAAACUAGCCUAAGCGUGUCUUGUAAUGCGCCUUGGGGGAGGCUUACCAUACGACGGCGACCCCCCGACAAUGAGCGCAGCUGGCAAUGAUUAUGCAGAAUUAUGCGAUCUUGGACCCUCACGAUGGAGCUCGCGUGGCUAUUAUUACGCACCACCCGCACAUGCGACCGCCUUACAUCCUAGCGCUGCGCCCGGUCUACAACAACCGCAGUCCUCAUCUAGUGUACCAACCGGCAGUUCGGCCGGCCUCAGUGUGCAUCCGUUACGCACACCGAGUAGCUACGAAGCGGAAGACGUUUCCUUUGGUAUGAUAAGUCCGCCGCCGGGUGUGGUGAUUGGUGGUGGUCCCGCGUCAGCGUCAGUUGGUCUAAGUGGCACGUACGGCAUCGGUUCGCGUAUUGGUAAUAGUACAAGUUCGUUACGUGGCGGUGGUCGAUCCGGUUUAUAUUACUCACCGCCCGGCACUUCGUAUACGAUUGUGGAACGUCCACAUUCACCACAUUACUAUUACAAUACGGCUGGUGCACCAACGAAAGGUGGUUCAUUGCCGGGGCGUGGUUCGUCAUAUCUCUCAUCGACAGCCUCACCCACCGGCCAUAUGGCGGCGACGGGUGGUGGCGGCACCUUGCCCAACUCAACGGCGACGAUGGGCGGACGGGCGCACAGUAGUAUGGGUAUGGCAAAUGGCAAUAAAAAGCGUCCCAUCUCGCCGGAGCAAGUGUUGCGCAUGUUCGGUGCGACGCAAUCAUCUUCAGUUCCUACUAGUAGCUAUCACUAUAGCAAUGGCACAAGAGAUCGUACAGGACGGCGGAGCCCGGCGAGUAGUCCGCCCUCGACCACGCAUCAGAUGUAUCGUGAACGAGAUCGAGAUCGUAGUAUAACGAAUAUUCAUGAAUUAACCACACGUACCAUAAACAUGUCACGCGAUCAACAGAUCGAUCAUGGUUUUGGUAUUUGUGUUAAGGGAGGAAAAGACUCAGGAUUAGGCGUUUAUAUCUCACGCAUCGAAGAGAACUCCGUAGCUGAGCGCGCCGGCCUGCGCCCCGGUGAUACAAUCCUAGAGGUGAAUGGUACGCCGUUCACUUCAAUAAAUCACGAGGAGGCGUUAAAAAGAUGUGUGCAGAUAUUGAAAUCAUCACGUCAAAUCAGUAUGACGGUGCGCUCACCACCGACGCUCAACUCCCACGCGCCAUUGCACGGCUUCGGUCCACCCUCGUCAAGGGAUCCUAUGUAUGCAUCAAUGGCGCCACUACUGCCACAAUCGGCGGCGGGUCUACCGCCCGGAGCGACGAUGAUUGGCGGCGGCGGCGGCGGCGGCGGCGGCGGAUUACCAUUUCGUCAGACAUGUUCCUGGAUGGACCGACAUGGUCGUCCCGCAUCGCCGCCAAUGGAGUAUGGCGGACGGCAUACAGAUCGGCGUGAGAGAAUCCGACGCGUCGAACUGCUCAUUGAACCGGGUCAAUCCCUGGGCCUCAUGAUACGUGGCGGCGUUGAAUAUGGCCUCGGCAUCUUCGUCACCGGCGUCGAUAAGGACAGUGUAGCGGAUCGUGCUGGCCUCAUGGUCGGCGACGAGAUACUCGAGGUCAACGGUCAGUCAUUUCUAGAUGUGACCCAUGACGAGGCGGUCAGUCAGUUGAAAUAUCACAAGCGUAUGUCGCUUGUGAUACGUGAUGUCGGUAAAGUGCCACACUCUUGUACAUCUAUUGAGAUGGAGCCUUGGGACGCGUAUAGUCCGACGGGGACGAGAGCUCGUCGAAAAGGUCAAAUAACCGCUAUGGUGGAGGAGAAGGCACGCUCUCUUCUGCCGCGCCAUCAGUUUGCAAGUCUCUCGUAUUAUAUCGCCGAAUAUGCUGCGAGAGCGAUGACCAUAGAUGCCUUUGUUGCCGUCUUAUUAGAAAUGUUAGACACAUAUGAGAAACAUACGUUAGUGACGGAACUGCGCGAGCUCAUAUAUCCAGAGGAUCGUACGAGAUACGAUGAGCUUGUUUAUCGUAGAGAACGUGAUCCCUAUAGCGUGGAGAGGCAUAGGCGUAAAGGAGAAACCGCACGUGAUUUACCGGAAUACGGCUGUGAUGACCAUAGGUCCCGUAGAGGCAGUGAAACUCAAAUACCACACUCGGAAUACGAACAAGAUGCGGAGCAGGGUGGCUACUUAGAUGGACUUCGUUCACAUUUGGGUGGUUUAACACAACGUGUCAAAUCAUGGUAUUGGGGACGGCCUCUUGAGUUGGCCACAAAACUAUCGAGAAGUUUCGAUAUGAAGGAGGAAGGAGGCACACUGCUGGGCGAUAAGGGUGUACGCAGGCAUCAGUCCAUGCAACGCUUAUCGGCCGAGCAAAACGGUUCAACGACUGAACAAACACAUGAACACAAUCCAAACGUCGUACCUGAUCACAGAGGCAACUUACACAUUACUGUUAAGAAAACUAAACCUAUUUUAGGUAUUGCCAUCGAAGGCGGUGCUAACACGAAACAUCCGCUUCCAAGGAUAAUAAAUAUCCAUGAAAACGGCGCAGCCUACGAAGCGGGCGGCUUAGAGGUCGGGCAACUGAUACUCGAGGUGGACGGUACCAAAGUCGAGGGUCUCCAUCAUCAGGAGGUUGCCCGCCUGAUAGCCGAGUGUUUUUCGAAUCGCGAAAAGGCUGACAUAACCUUUUUAGUUGUCGAGGCGAAAAAAUCAAAUCUUGAACCGAAACCAACGGCGCUUAUAUUUUUAGAAGCCUAACAUUUGCUUGCCCUGCCGGCUAA